AUGAACAAGAAAAAUAAUAUUAUCCUUAUAUCGAAUUAUAGAAAGCGUCCCAUAUACUGCUCUCAUGUAGCUAAGAGUUUUACUACUACAGAUAUGUCAACAUCAAAAAUAUAUACUAAAAGAGAGAAAAAAAAUGUAUUAUAUUUUUUUAUAAAGUUUUUUGUAUUUACCCUUUCAAUUUGGAUAUUGCAAUGUUUUAAUAAUUGGGAUUCUUGCAAAUUUUGGAAUUACAAAAAUGACUUAAAUAUAUUAGAUUUAGUAUCUAAAAGAUCAUUAGCAGAAAAUUAUGAUACAAUAAAACAAACAAAAAGUAAAUUAGGAUUGGGGGAACAAGGUACGAUAGAAGCACAUUUAGAAACAAAGAAUGAACAAAGUGGAAUAAAGCAAAAUAUAGAUGUAGAAAAAGGAAAUGAAGUAGUCACAAAAGAUAGAAAUAAUAAAGUAAAAUGUAAUAAGAAAAUUUUAAGCAAAUGCAGAAGUAAUAUAAAACUAAUUUCCUCAUCCUUUGCAUUUUUUUUAUCUUUUUUUCUUUUUAUAUUAUCUAUUAUAGGACAAUUCACUUUUAUACCAUUCACAAACUAUUUUUUUUUAUUACUUCCUUUGUCUCUUGUAAUAAAUUCAAUUAUUUUAACACAUGAGAGAACCGAAAUAAAAUAUAAAAAUAAAUUUUAA